AUGGAAGCCCCAUCUUCACCUUCAUCUACCAUCACUGCCCCACCUGACUAUCACGAAACCACUUGGAGGUUAGCUAAAUUGAUUGCAGAGGCUAUGACCUGCCGCUUUGCCCUCCUACACUAUGACAGCGCCUCAAAAUCCAUGGUCGAAUGGUGGUGGCCUAUUGACGGUGAUGGAAAGAAGAUUUUGCCAUUCAACCUAGAGAUCCACCGCGAAGAAUAUAAAUUGAAAUACCCAUGCUGUCUAUGCGCUGAUGGUAGUGGCAGGAGUGUGUACAUAGAGUGUGCGGUGUACUCGUGGUGGAAUGAGGACACUGAGCAGUUUGAUUGGACUGCAAGGUUAGCAUUCUUCACAUUCAAGAGGAUCACAACUGAAGAGUCAACAUUCGCCUAG